UCAGAGGAGGCGGGCCCAUCGCCCAUCAGGAAGUCGAAGAGCCGCUCGCUCGAGUGUCACCGUCAGUGAGUGAAAAGAAGAAGAUGAAGACGUGGUGGUUUGCUCUCCUGCUGCUGUCGGUCGUCUCUGCCCAAGAUGUCUCUCAGCCAAGCAUCCUGCUGAACUCGCGGCCCGUGCGCAACCAGUCGGAGGCGACGUUGACGGCGGGCUCGCCUCUCAGCCUCAGCUGCCGCGGCGACGCCCCCUUGCGCUGGUCCAGCGCGGCGUUGCUCUCGCCGGCGCGCGGCGUCGGCGGCGGCGAGCUGAAGGUGGGCCGCGCCCGACCGAGACACACGGGGACGUAUCGCUGCGCGUACGCCCAGCGCGGCCUCCGACACCUUCACGCCUCGGUGCACGUCUACGUCCGAGAUCCGGCGUCGCCCUCCGACGUCUUCGUCACGCCCCACUUCACGCCCGACGUCAAAGAGGGCGACGACUUCCUGUUCCGCUGCCUGCUCACCGACCCGUCAUUCGGCAACCUAACCCUCCGAGUGGAGGAGGAGGAGGAGGAGGAGGAGCGGGCUAGGGGGCGGGGCCGGGACCUGCCCCCGGGCAUGAAGGUGAGCGCGGACCCCCGCGCGGGGGUCCUCAUUCACAAAGUGGACAGGAAGUUCAACGGACGCUACGUCUGCGCCGCCUGGAACGGCAACAAGACGCGCGCGACCUCCAACGCGCUCCACCUCAUCGUCACGCCCAGACAGCGUCAUCCUCCCGAGGUGUCGCUGAAUCAGAGCGAGUUUUUCCGCGUGGUGGGGGAAACCUUUGCGGUGACGUGCAUGGGGAGUAACCCCUCCCUCCUCUACAACGUCUCCUGGACGGCCCCCAAAGUGGAGGCCGCGAGCACCCGCCUGUCGCAGCGCUACGACGGCAAGCGCCUUUACAUCAACAACACGCUGACCCUCGCCGCCGUGGGCCCGCGGCACAGCGGACGCUACACGUGCACGGCCGGCAACGAGGCCGGCAAUGCCACCGCGACGGCCAGGCUGCGCGUCUUAGGCGCCCCCUUCCUGACCGCCUUCCUGGAGCGGCGCACCGACGCCCCGAGCGGCGCCAACGCGAGCGCCAAAGGCGACGCGGGCGACGAGCCGUCGACGAGCGAGCGGGAAGCGCUGGCCAACCUGAGCUUGGACGCGGCGGCGGCCCGGCGGCUCAACGGCAGCCGCACGGUGGACGUGCUGGAAGGCGGCGACGUGGCCUUGAGCGUGACGCUGGAAGCGUACCCGCCGCUCUCCGGCCUCCGAUGGAGCACGCCGACGCCGGCCAACCGCGGCGCGGCGCACGCGCUGAGCUACGCGGCCAACGGCUACAGGUCCCGAGCCAGCCUGCUGCUGCGUCGCGUGCGCGACGAGGAGAAAGGUCGCUACGCGCUGCACUUCGUUAACGCCCUCGUGAGCGGCUCCUUCAACUUUGACCUGCGCGUUCUUCGCGCUCCCCGGGGCGUCAUCACGAUGGAGAACGACACCCUGACCUGCAGCGGUUCCGGUUUCCCGCCGCCCACCCUCUCGUGGUCCCAAUGCAGCGGUUUCGUGGAAACGUGCGGCGACGUCGCGGUCGAAGGCCCCGAGGACGUGGACGCGCGGGAGGGGGAGGAGCCGAAGAAACAGCUGGCCCUCCCGCGGGCGCCGGAUGACAACAUCACCAUCGAGUGCGUGUCCACCAACAGCGUGGGACGCUCGCGAGAUGUCUUCUUCCUGCUUUCCACGGGUCCCGGCGGGCGCAGCGUGCCGGCAUCGCCCCCGACGGUGGCCUUGGGGGCCGCCGCCCUCUUGCUCCUCCUGCUCGCCGUCAUCCUGGUCUGGAGGAUCAGACGGCAACCCAAGUACGAGAUCCGCUGGAAGAUCGUGGAGAGUUGCUCCGGCAACAACUACACCUUUGUGGACCCCAGCCUGCUGCCUUACAACAACCUCAAGUGGGAGUUUCCCCGAGACAAGCUGCGCCUGGGGGGCGUGCUGGGGUCGGGGGCCUUCGGGAAGGUGGUGGAGGCCACGGCCUACGGCCUGGGCAGCCAGGAUGAAACGCGCGUCGCCGUGAAGAUGCUGAAACCGAGCGCUCACUCCGAGGAGCGAGAGGCGCUGAUGAGCGAGCUGAAGAUCCUCAGCCAUCUGGGUUACCACGACAACAUCGUCAACCUGCUGGGAGCCUGCACUCGAGGAGGGCCCAUGCUGAUGAUCACCGAGUACUGUUUCCACGGCGACCUGCUCAACUUCCUGCGCGUGCACGCGCGCCACUUUGCGACGGAGCCGCCCGAGCGCGACGCCAACUACUCCAACGUCAGACUCCGGAGUGACAGCGGCAUCUCGUGUUGUUCCCAAUAUCAGGAAAUGCAAUCGAUGCUUUCCCACUCAGGUGUGGAGCAAAGUGCCUAUUUGUGUGUGAGUGACCUGAUGAGGUUUUCAUACCAGGUGGCUCAGGGCUUGGACUUCCUGUCCACACGAAAUUGCAUCCACAGAGACGUGGCGGCGAGGAACGUCUUGCUGACCGACCGCCGCGUGGCCAAAAUCUGCGACUUUGGUCUGGCGCGAGACAUCCGCAAUGACGACAGCUACAUCGUGCAAGGAAACGCGCGUCUGCCGGUGAAGUGGAUGUCCCCCGAGAGCAUCUUCCAGUGCGUGUACACGGUGCAGAGCGACGUUUGGUCUUACGGCGUCCUGCUGUGGGAAAUCUUCUCCCUGGGGAAGAGUCCUUACCCCAACAUCGCCGUGGAUACCAAAUUCUACAAGAUGAUCAAAGACGGCUGCCACAUGGACCGGCCCGACUUUGCCCCGCCGCAAAUCUACCGGCUGAUGACGUCGUGCUGGAGUUUGGAGCCGACCGAGCGGCCGACGUUCAAGAUGAUUGGUCGGCUGAUGGAAAGGCUCCUCCCCUGCGCCAACAAGGCGGGUCAGAGCGAGCAGCCGACGUACAAAAACAUCGACGAGCGAGGGGAAGAUGAAGAGAGCGAAGAAGCGGACGCUGGAGAUCCCUUGAAGGGGGAGGAGCAAGGGGGGGCCGCGGAAGGCGACCGCUCGAUAAAGAUGACGAAGCUGACCAAGAACAUCUACCAGCUGUCCUGACGCUCCCGUCCGAUGGGCUCCGAUGAACCUUUCUGUCCUCGUCACGGAUGAGCGGCGUAGUGCCGAGAGAACGAUUUUCCCGUGAGCCUUGGCAUCUUGGCUCUUGGUACACGUCGCCGCUGUCGAAUUCCCGCGGCAUCCGUCGCUCAUGUCCUUGAGCCGCGCCGCGCCGGUUUGCAUUACUAGUUAGCAUGAAGCUAGCCGACGUUUGUUGUUAUUGUGCACGCUUUGACGUUUGAAUAGACAAUCUCUGUUUUUCUGCCUCAAUUUCACAGUAAAUUUCAACUGGGGUGAUCCCCCCCCCCC